AUGUUCUCUAUCUUGCACGAGAGUGAGGUGUGUUCUAGACGGAGGGAUGCACUACCUAUGCAGCAGCUACACAAACCUGCCGAGAUCCAAAAGAGUACCUGGGACAAACAAUUACUUGAAGCAAGUGCCCAAACCAUAGAGAUGAAGGUUUGCGGAACGACGUUUGAAUUGGUUAUUGCGACCGCUCUCCAACUGCUACCAGGGAGUCAGUCAGUCAUGUAUGGCAUGAGCCGAGCCUACCUGUCGAUGCCAACAUUGCGUGACAAUGAAAGAAGACAUAAAGUAGUUGGACACCGAGCGGCGCAAGACACCGAGCGGCGCGCCGCUCACCGCUCCGGCUCUCCCUCACCUCCAUCUUACUUUAGAUAA